AAUACUCCUAUGUCCAUUUCUCUUCACUUCUCUUUAUACAGAGAGAGAAAAGUAUAGCCACCUGAGAUUUCCGGCGACAACCUCGCCGGAAAAAGCAAAAGAAGGCAAUCAGUAUUCGGGCGAAGAUGAAGCAGAGGACCAGGACAACCGGAAAUGCUGAUGCUAGUGCUCAUGGAGUUGAAUCGGUCCAUUCGGACCGGAACAACAAAAGAGCAACAAAGAAGAUGAAAUUCCAGCAAAAAUUGUUGAAAUUCGAGUCCUUACCUGAUUACAUGCAGGAUAAUGAAUUCAUCAGAGACCAUUACCGCUGCGAGUGGCCGUUAAAAUACGUCGUUUUGAGCGUCUUCUCCGUCCACAAUGAAACUCUGAAUAUCUGGACGCAUUUGGUUGGUUUCGCGAUAUUCUUGUGGUUGACGGCGAUGAGCUUGACGAAAAAAGCGACGGUGGAGAAUUUGGUCGGAAGAUUCUUCAGUAGGCCGGGGACUGAUGGACCGUUGAUGAUGAUGAUGAACAAGACAAUCAACGGCUCUGAUGCUUUUUUCCUAGAAUCAUAUCUAAGGCACAUUCCUAAACCAUCAAUCUUACAUGUGAAUGGAGAUUCUGAUGUUAUCCCCAAAUGGCCUUGGUUUGUGCUCUUAGGAGGGGCUAUGUGCUGCAUGAUAUGUAGCUCUCUUGCCCAUCUAUUUGCUUGCCACUCCAGACGUUUCUAUCUCUUCUUCUGGCGCCUUGAUUAUGCUGGCAUUUCCUUGAUGAUAAUCUGCUCCUUCUUUGCCCCUAUAUACUAUGCUUUCUCAUGUCACCCUUAUUGGCGUCUUUUUUACCUGGCCUCAAUUACUGGCUUUGGUAGCCUUGCCGUGGUCACCCUCUUUGCCCCUGCUCUAUCCUCUGGUCGUUUCCGUUCCUUCAGGGCAAACAUUUUCCUCGCCAUGGGUUUCUCAGGAGUGAUACCAGCAGCACAUGCCGUCAUUCUUUAUUGGCAUAACAGCCCACACAUACUAGUAGCUCUUGGAUAUGAGAUUGUAAUGGGCUUUCUAUAUGCUGCUGGAGCAGGAUUUUACACGAGUAGGAUACCGGAGAGAUGGAGGCCAGGUGCAUUUGAUAUUGUGGGGCAGAGCCACCAAAUCUUCCAUGUGUUGGUUGUUGUUGCUGCUCUUGCCCAUAGCGCUGCCACUCUUGUAAUAAUGGAUUUGCGUGGAGGGUUACCAGCCUGUGAUGGUUGAAGCGUAUGGUUAGCUAGAUGCAGCAGUGCUGUGAAUCUUCGAAUGGAUUUUAUAUAUGUUGCAUUCUUUUCACGGUUCACGCCUUCAUGAAAGAUAUGAUGAGGUGAAUGCUGUUGCAGCUUUUGUUUUAAGGUGGUGGUCGUGGGUGUAAGAGUAAGAUUAGAACCAUAUUCUAUUGGAUUGUACCAUUGAUCCUUGUUGAAGAGGAUUCACAUCUGGUCUGGAGGAGGCUUCUUGCAAGACCUUCAUUUCUUUUUCCCCUUUCCUUUGAAGGGGACAUAGGUCAGUCAUUUUAGGAUUUUAAUGACACAAUUGUCUUACAAUAAGGUGGACCAUAUUGAAAAUCAACCCGAAUCAAAAGGUGCCAUCAUUCAAUUAUA